CAGAGGAAUCCCACACCAGAAAUGAUCAGAAUGGCAAAACCCCUUUUGAAGAAGGCUGUAGUGAAUCUACUUAAAAUCGCAGAACAGCAUAACCUGUGUUCUGUUGCCAUUCCAGCAAUAAGUUCUGGAAUUUUCAACUUUCCACUGCCGUUAUGUGCGGACGUGAUAGUAACAACAAUAAAACAGUACUGCAAACAGAAAAAGGCAAACUCUCCACCGUUUAAACUUCACCUUGUCAACAAUGACAAUAAAACAGUGAGGGAAAUGGAAAGAGCGUGCAAGAAGAUACUUUCUUGUCAUGAGGACAAGGAUAUGCCACCAACAGCCAAAGUCCACCUACAGCAGCCACCAGACAAGGCCAACACUCAUGAACCUACAACAAUGGAAAAGACUGAGCUUCAUGAGGAGGAAGAACAGGUCAACUUUGACAGCUAUAAAGCCAUUGUGUCUUUUGUGAAUAUCAGAAAUGUACAUUGGCAGUUUCUGUACCUCAACGCAGCAGAAAGCAGCGUGUAUUUGGUUGAUCCAGCAACCAAUUCCAAUGAGCAGGGGGAGUCGGACAAUGCAGCGCAAAGAUUCCGAGACUACUUCAAAAUGAGGAGGAUCUGCCAUGGUAAAACAGACUGGGUGGACAUAAAACUGAAAGGGAAUGUCAUGCACCACCCAGUCCAACAGGACAGCAACAGUUGUGGUGUCAUAGUCACCAUGAUGGCGAAGGCAGUCAUGGAGGCCUUUCCACAACCUCCAAGAAUGACUUUUGGAACGACUACAGACGAAAUGGCAGUGCAGCGCAAACAUUUUGCUCUGCAAAUACUGAAAGCCUCAGUAUUUAACACAGAAGCCAACUGCGCCAUGUGUGCAGCCACCAAACCACCUGCUCCAGGGCCUUCCUUCACGGACUGGAUUCAAUGUGACAGCUGUUGCAGGUGGUUCCAUAAACAGUGCCUACAAAUGGACACUGCAGAGUGGCAAAAGAUGAAGAAUGUGGACUGGAAGUGCAUUUUGUGCAAAAAGUAAAAAGAUGAGGAUUGUGUUUGAUUUUGUUUUGUGUUUAGUCUUUGAUGACUUUGACAUUUUUUG